AUGUCAUCAACUCCCAAAAUCUGCGCCUGGACCGACCUGCCUCCAGAGGUAUGGAGUGAGAUAUGCCGACACCUUCCGAAGCCGGCACUGCUCCGACUGCGGCUUGUGUCUAGCAAGCUAAGCGCCAUUGGCUUACCCUGGGUGUACAAAAGCCUACGCCUCGAGGCCCGUACCGACUCAGCCGAGAGAUUCAUCCUCAUCUCCAAGAAUCCCAAGCUUCGCCAUCUCGUACGAGAGGUCACGGUAAAGACCUGGGGGAAUCACGGUCACGAUCAAGACCCGAACGGGCCCUGGCAGAUUUCCUGGCCUUUUGCCAAAGCCCUACCCUAUCUGCGCUGCUUCACCAACGUCACUACACUUCAUGUCCGCUUUCACGAAUCAUUGGGAGUUUCCUACUACGCCCCGGUGGCUUACGAUGUUGAACAUUCAGGGCUUUUCCGAUACAGGGUCAUGGAAACGAUAUGCCACUGUGUGAUGGGCAUGUGGACACCAGAGAUACAAGCCAAGAUUGAUGAAACGGCACGGUUCCAUCGAUAUUUCAGCGACACACACCCCCUCCAGUAUGCCGAUGGCCAUGAGAUCCCCUUGGGCCACGUCAUGCCACUCCGAGGGCUCACCAUUUCCAACCUGUCACCUUAUAAAGAUUAUCUCGCCGAGGAUUCGGGAGCGUUGAAAAAGAUGUUGUCUCUACCAAGUCUCGUCAACCUCAAACUCUUGAUUACUUCCGGCGGUCGUCCCGAUCGUGAUAGGGCCCAAUCACUGUUAGAAAAUGGUAUGCUCCAGACGCUGCCCAAGACGUGGAUGUUCCCCAGCAUCGCCGAAAAUCUGCAGAUACUUUCGCUCGUCUAUGGCGAAUGCUGGGGCCUAUACCCCAAAGUCGACUUUCGACAACUCGGUGAAUCAUCGCUCCCGAGACUCAAGGUCCUCGUUCUCGGAAAUUACGUCUUUGGUCAAGCGUGGCAGGUUGACUGGGUCGCCUCGGUAGGCCAGGAGAAUGGCGGACUACAAGAGCUAUAUCUUGUCAAAUGCCCCAUCAUUGUGAGGGCCUGGCGUCGACGUCCCUUUGACGAUGGAGAUAAUGAUGAGUCCGUCACUGAGACUUUCACUGGGCCUGAGCCUGGCCUUGGGGUCCGUGAGUAUCACCUUCGAUGGCACAAUGUCCUUUCCCGAUGGGCAGAGUCCAUGAACGGGUUGAGGGUGUUUUGCAUGGGCGAAGGCCCCGAGGGUCGGGAUACCUCCAAGCUCAUCCAUCAACUUGCUCAAGAAGAGGAUGUAAUGUCCCGUCGCCACAAUGAUAGGAAGCAUCAAGGCUUUGCGUCCGAGAUAUGCACAGAGAAGGAAAAGCGGCUGAAAUAUGCCAGGCUCAACAUCAACAUGUUUCACGGUCAUUCAGGUUGGAAACCAGCUUUGCAGGUCAAAAGUCCAGGGGAUGUUUCUGAGGGUGAUACAAGAAUCAGGGACGAAGUCGCGUAUGAGCGGCUCAUGUCGAUGGUCAAUGCAAGGGUUUCGGCGCAAGGUUCUUUGUGA